AGUGUGUGUGUAGAUCAGCUGUGACCGUGGGAAACGAAGCCACUGUGCCAACCAGACCUGCAGAAAUCCGGCAGAAAUCUCUCGAAAAUCCACGUUAAGACACAGCAUGGAGUUUCGCGAUAGUUGUGUUCGCGUACCGCUCAGUGGCUCGUCGGGAGCUGGGAGCUAGAGGAAAGUAAACAGCUCUUCUCCAUCACUGUUUACUUCGACUGUUUUCUAUAAGUUUAGCUUAUUAUUUUUAGGAGCUCGCAGAGUAACGCAUCUGCGCGCGUCCGCGGGGAUACACACGGACACGCGCGUGUAUCGAGAGCGCGGAAGGUCCCGGACUGAAUCCCCCUCACGAUCAACCCCUCAAGACAACUCGGUUAAUUUAAAACUUUUCGGCCUCUUUAUUUCUAACACUGGGGUGUAAAUAGUGUUAGUUUCAACAUUGUCUCCUCGCCGAGGGUCCUGUCAGGUGAUUAUUGUGCAUGAAUAAUUGAUCCUCGUAGUGAGUUUGUGAUGAGGCGGACUGCGGCGCGCGGGGGAGGACUCUCCGCUGGAAUUAUUGCGCAGUUUUUAAAAUAACGGGAAAGAAACGGGAACGCAAACACACACUCAUGGCACAGAGUACGUCUGCAAAAGAUAACGCCUGUCGAAAAUUCCAGGCCAAUAUUUUCAACAAGAGUAAAUGCCAGAACUGCUUCAAAGCUCGAGACGCGCACCUGCUGAGUGAUGAAGACUUCACACAGGCAAAGCCCAUCUACGGUGGAUGGCUGCUCCUGGCACCUGAAGGAACCAACUUUGACAAUCCUCUGCACAGAUCACGGAAAUGGCAGAGACGUUUUUUCCUUCUGUAUGAACAUGGACUCCUGCGUUAUGCGCUGGAUGAUAUGGCCAGCACUCUUCCACAGGGCACCAUAAACCUGAAUCAGUGUGUGGAUGUGGUGGACGGUGAGAGCCGGACGGGUCAGAAACACUCGCUGUGCAUCUGCACACCAGACAAAGACCAUUACAUCCGCGCUGAGAGCAAAGAGACGAUACAUGGAUGGCAGGAGGCGCUGAUGGUGUUUCCACGAACCAACAAACAAAACCAGAAGAAGAAACGGAAAGUAGAAACGCCAACACCACAGGAACCAGGCCCAGCGAAGGUGACGGUCACCAGUACGAGCAGCAGCAGCAGUAUGGUGUGUCUGCCCAGCACCAUAGCUCAUGCAGAGCGAGUCCCAGCCACUCGAACCACACUGUGGCAGGAGGAGACAUGGAGUCGAGCCACUAUACCCACAAGCUGCAGCACCGGCAGCCUGAGUCAACUGGAUUCUGGAAACCUAAAUGUUGGUCGUAAGCCUCGUGUGGAGAGUGGAUAUUUUUCACUGGAAAAACCCAAGAUUGAAGAUGAAGGACAGCAGUAUCCUCUUCAACAGGAUGAAGAGCCUCCAUCAAAGCUGCAAUCACAUCCACCUGAGCUUUCCUCUUCGUCAUCAUCCUCUCGCUCCAGGUAUCUCUCCUUUGAUCCAGAACUCUACAGUUCUCCAAUCAGCUCGCACAAACACGCGUCACAUGACCCACACAGCACUGUGCACACACAGGCUUCCGGUGUUGUGUAUGACGCUCACAAACACAACAUGCAAAGCAAAUCAGAGAAGCAGCUUUCUCAAUCCUCGGAGAUCAUGUCAGAUUCAACCCUAAACCCAGACUCGAACAUCUAUAGUCCGAAUCCGCACGCAAACGUCCUGCCAUCAUCCCUGUCCUCCUCUCAGAGCUCUUUGGACUCGGAGCAGAGUCCAGAGGGUGUAGUGGGCGUAGCCUCGGGCAGGGCAGGGCGCAGUGGGUGUGGUUAUGUGGCUCUGGCCGAUGUGCCGCGGGCGCGGAGACUCAGCCAUCGGGACGCGUACCGCUGCAAUCAGAAGCGGCAGGAGCUGGGGGCGCGCACCAGGAGCCCUGGCAGAGAGGAGGUGGAGCGGCUGUUCGGACUCCAGCGAAGGCGUUCGCAGGUUAUCGAGAGAUUUGAGGAUCAAGACACUGUUAACGCUCCAGAGCAAAUGGACACCACGAGUUCUUCAGCAGAUCCCGCCCCUUCUCACUCUACAACAGCCAAUCAGAGAGCAGGACGCAAUGAGAAACGCCUCUCUAACCAGAAACAGGAGUUUUCAUUGGAUUCUGCUAAAUGCCGGACAGACGAGGUUUCUUCAUUAGCUGGUUACCGGAGGGCCAAAAGUCUGGAUCGCAGAACCACAGAAACGCUCAUGACUCCGGACCUGCUGAACUUCAAGAAAGGAUGGAUGACCAAACUAUACGAAGAUGGAUUGUGGAAGAAACACUGGUUUGUUCUGACCGAUCAGAGUCUGAGGUUCUACCGCGACUCCAUUGCUGAGGAGGCUUCUGAUCUGGAUGGAGAGAUCGAUCUGUCCAUGUGUUAUGAUGUGACAGAAUUCCCAGUUCAGAGGAACUACGGCUUCCAAAUCCUUAGUAAAGAAGGGGCGUUCACGCUGUCUGCUAUGACUUCUGGGAUACGUCGUAACUGGAUUCAAGCCAUUCUGAAGAACAUGCGGCCCACUGUCGCUCCAGAUGUCACACGGAAAAACGUCUCUCUGAAACUUUCAGUUCUUAUGCCCAGUUCCCUUCCGGAUGAACGAACCAGAUCAAAUGUGGAGCAGAGCUUCAUCCAACCCCCAUCAAACUCUUCACAGCUUUCUAACAGCUCGAUAGUUGAGCCAAAAAGGCCACACGAGGACAUCACCGACUCUGCACCUCCUCCAGAUCAGCGUAAAAGCAGAGGCCACAAGCGUGAGGGCCGGUCUAAAACCUUUGACUGGUCUGAAUUUCGACCAGGACAAGAAAACGACAGCGGACAACCCUCCCUGAAGAGGGCAGACACUUCAGUAAUUAUCUCAUCUUCUUCAUCCUCCAUUGCUUCCUCUCCCAUCUCUAGCUCUUCCUCUCAUCAGACGUCUUCCUCUAUCACUAUCAUUAGCCAUACUGAAAAGUUGCCACAGCAUAAUGAAGAAGAGGUGGUGCCGGAAUAUGUGCCGCACCAUCAGACUGUACCUACAACAAUGACCAGUCCAGAGACCCCAUCAAAACUGCCUCAGAAUGUGCCACAGGAACCGGCAGGAAUGGAUUUGAACCAAUCCAAAGAAGUGCAGGAGGUCGAUGGUCAUGGAGUGGUCCGCAAAAACUCUGACGUCCAGGUGGAAAUUGAACAGAGGUGGCAUCAGGUGGAAACAACGCCCCUCAGGGAGGAAAAGCAGGUACCGAUUGCUGGUGGCUCGCCUAACAUAUCAAAUGUGUCUGUUGGAGAAAGAGCCUCUCCACAAGAGAAGACCGGGAAAUUGGAAAAAGAGCUGGGUCAGGCACAAAGAGAGCUGGCCAGACUCCAGGAACAGAACAGUAUCUUACAAGACCAACUUCAGGAUGCACGUGGGAGAGAGCAGAAUGCCCGGGAAGGAUACGUACUUCAGAGUGACACGUCCAUUGCAAAAACUUCAUCUGAUGCUGCCGUGUCCACCUCCGUUCAUAAAGCGCCAUGGCAGCGUCUAAGCAAACUAAACCAGGAUCUAAAGUCUGAGCUGGAGUCUCAGCGGCGAAAACAAGAUAAGGCCAAACACCAAGUUAGCAGCUUGCGUCGUAGCUACAGUGAAGCAAAAGAUAUAAUAGGACAUCAUGAGGCAGAAAUCGAAGCCUUGGAAGAAAAACUAACAGCUGCUAUGGCAGAGAUUGUAGUGAGUGAGCAGGCUGUAGCACGAAUGCGCAGCGAUCUGAAAAUUGAACGAGUUCGUUGUCAAGAGCGUGAGGAAGAAUGGACACGAAAUGAAACAACAUUACGGUCGCAACUUCAAGAUAGUGAAGAACGUCUUCGGCAAGUGGAGGCCAGUUUGCUAGAGAAGAAUCAAGAGCUGAGGCAGCUCGAGCAGCAGCAAGCUUUGCAGAGGGACCAGCAUAGAGAGAUGCAGAGGUUACAGGAGAGACUCUCUGAGGUUACAGGACGUCUGAUUUCCAUGGAGGAAUCUCAGACUAUGAGGGAGGAGCGGGAGAGAAAAGAGCAGCGGAGCCUGGAGGAGAAACAUGAGCGGGAACGACAAGGGCUGACUCGAAGGUUGGCAGAAUCUGAAGAGAGGAGGCAAGAAAUAGAGGAGCAAUUGCAAGAGGCUCAAGAACAGGUGGAGGCACUGCUGAGAGGGAGCAGUGGGAUGGAAACUGUGGGAUUGAGUGAGAAAGUGCAUCGUCUUCAGCAGGAGUUGGAGGCACAGACUGAUAUGGUGGGAAUGCUGCGGGAAAGUGUGAGGAGGCUGGAGGAGGAACGUGACCAGCUUACUUGCCGCUGUCAGGAACUUCUCAAUCAGAUUGCAGAGGCUGAUCGAGAGGUUGGAAAGCAACAGGCAUGUUUAACAACGGUGGAAACAGACUUUCACUCCCUUGAGAGCUCAUACGAGCAUGUAUCUGAGGAAUUUGCUAGGAUAAGUCAUGUGCUACGAGAGAAAGAAGAGGAAGUGAAGCAGACAAAGGAAAUGUAUAAGCAGCUUAUCAGACAAAAGGAACAGGACUUGAGUGAAGCCCUCAUAAAGAUGGCUGCCUUAGGCAGUAGUUUAGAAGAAACAGAACUUUGCUUGCAGCAAAAAGAAGAACUACUUUCUAAAAUGGAGCGUGACUAUCCAGGACUGGUAGAGUCCCGAAGAGCAGAACAGGAGCUGCAGGCAAAACUGGUAGUUGCAGAGGAUCGAAUCGCUGAGCUGGAGGAACACCUCAAUGCCCUGCGACUGGGAUAUGCAGAUCUCAGAAUGCGACGUUGUCGUUCUCAGGAAGACAUGCUUGAGAGUUUGAAGGAGAUUGAACACGAAGUUUCCUUAUCCUCAAGUACGUCCCAGCUUCUUGCUAGAAGCAGUUCAGAGACUGAAAUGUCCUUAGUAAAGCGACAGAGGAUUCGUUUUUCCACUAUCCAGUGCCAAACCUAUCACCGGUCCCUGGGAGCAGACAAGUUUCAGACAGAAAACACAUCUUUGGAUCUUACACAAGAUUUGAGUCUAGACCACAUGCAUGACCUGAGCCUGACCCAAGAUAUUAGUGUAGUCAGUGACAAUUCAUUUCAGCAAUGCAGAGAUCCUGAGAAGUUCAUCUCCAUCAUACAUGCUCUUGAAACCAAGCUAUUAGCCACUGAGGAGAAACUGCGGCACCUUACGGAUAAGAUAAGGGACCAGCCCAAUCUUUCAGCAGUGCAGGAACAUCUGAGUACUAGAGCUACCAUGGAGGACUGGACAACUAAAACCUGUGAUGACUUGCCAAUGGAUGAACUCAGCCAAAAGUCCCUAAACAAGACUAUCAGUGAACAUGACAGUGGUGAAUAUGAGAAGGCAUUGGCACUGGUAGAGUCUUGCACAGAAAGAGUCAGAGAGAUUCUCAGUAAUCAGAAUGAGACCAGUUCUGCUGAAUCUCUGAUUUGUACACUUGCAGAAGUAGAGAAAAGGCUGGUUUGUGCCACCACAUUCCUAAGGAAAGGCCACACAUUAUAUGAGUCGUGCCACAUAUUUGAUGCACCAGAUGUGCAGUCGAUGAAGGGAAGUAUUAAGCUGUUUACCAGAACAUUAUGCUUUGAGGCUGAAGUUCUGGAGAAGAUGGGGUUCUCUUUGCAGGACCUGAACUCUGAUAUUAUGGCAGCCCUGAACUCCAUUCACAAGGAUGCUGAAAACAUUAAGAAGAACAAUGAUGGCUGUCUCUCAGUUGUUUAUGCUGAUGUGCUUACAAGGAAACUUAUGCUAGAAACUAUGUUCUUGUCAGAGAUGGACAAACUAGAGACAGGAAAACUAGUAAAUAGUGGUUUUUCACAGGAUGCCAUCAAGAAUGCAUGCAUUAGUGCUGAGCUUGCAUAUUCACUUCAGAACUUAACAACGAAUUUCCAGGACAAAUUUAAUGAGCUUCAAAAGGACUUGAUUCAGGCUAAUGAUACCUUGAAACAAAGGGACUUUGCUCUAAAAGAUGCUGUUAAUAAAUCAAAGCGUACUUGCUUUGAAAGCAUCCCCCAAAGUACGAGUGAUCCUCUUGUUGAUGAUGAUGCCCCUCCUGAACUUGUUCCCUAUAUGGAGCAGAUUGAGAUGGAGGAAGCUCAGAGUUUAGCUGCAGAGAUUGUUCAUAGACAUUUAGCAGGUGGCAUGCUGUCCCACAGUGCCGAAUCAGAAUCACAUCUCCAAAUGGGCUGGGAAAAUCUUAUUGCUGAGCUGAAGAAGCAAGCCAAAGCUCUACGAAGUAUUGCUCAGGAAAUUGAGAAGAUCUGCGAGGAAGGAGAAAUUAAUUCAAUUUCUAGACUUGCAGAGGCAAUCCAAUUAAGUUCAUGCUGCAGCGACUCCAGCUCUGUUUGCAUGCGAGAGGCUUUGAUGCAAGUGCAGGUCGCGUAUGUUUCUUGCAGGUUGAGAGCGGGGCACACAAGGGAACUUUCCCUGUGUCAGGAGACCAGCCGCAACAUGGCAGCGCUCGUCCAGGAACAUGCAGAGAGUGUUGCUGCCAUCCAAAAGCACUACCAGAGCUGCUUGGAGAAAGAGCAUCUUAGCUUCACAGGCACUAUCAGUUCAUUGCAGGAGGAGAAUGACAUGCUGCGGGGGGAGCUAUCCUAUAAGCUCCGAGAGCUGCAAGAGCAACGGCAGAACCUGUCCCAGCUGGAAGAGGCAUUUCAUAGGGAGAAAGAAGAGCUGAAGUGCAGACAUGCAGAUGAAUUUGGAAGGGCAGAGCAGGAGCAGAUGACCAGAGAACUUGAUCUUAUGGACCGUGCUGCCAAUAGCCAACGCAAACUGGAGACCCUGCUGAUAGAAAUGGAAGACUCCGAGCUGAAGCAUAAGGAACAUCUCCAAAAACUUCAGCUUGAAUUUCAGGGUAAGAUCCAGGAGCUGGAACACGCCAAUAGAGAGGAGCUCUGCAAGCUGAAAAAAAGCUACAGUCAGACCAUCUGCUCACUGGAGAACAAAGGUGAGGCCGACAAAUGUCCAAUGGAGGAAGGCGAAGGAUCUGAUUCAGUAGCAUGCAGGGAGUCCCUGCUCCGAGUCCGGGAGCUGGAAAUGCAGUUGAGCAGCAUGAGAGAGGAGCUGGAACAGAAACCACUGGAUGGAGAUCUGACCAGCCUGAGGGAAAAGUACCAGCGAGACUUGGACAGUCUCAAGGCCACAUGCGAGCGUGGUUUUGCAGCCAUGGAGGAGACGCAUCAGAAAGUAAUCGAAGACAUCCAGAGGCAGCAUCAGCGGGAGAUCCAGAAACUUCUAGAGGAGAAGGAAAGACUGCUGGAGGAGGAAACAAACGCCACUAUUGCUGCAAUUGAGGCCAUGAAAAAUGCUCAUCGUGAGGAGUUGGAGAAAACACAGCGGUCGCAGAUGAGCGGUGUGAGCGCAGAUAUUCAGGAGCUGCACAGACAGUAUGAAGAAGAGUUGCAGUCUAUCCAUCGAGAGCUGGAGGUUUUGUCAGAGCAGUAUUCUCAGAAGUGUUUGGAAAACGCACAUCUGGCUCAAGCGCUGGAAGCUGAGAGACAGGCGCUGGGACAGUGUCAGCGAGAGAACCAGAAACUGCAUAUACACAACCAGGAACUAAACCAUCGACUGAAUGAGGAGAUCACCAGAAUGCACUCCUGCAUCAGCGGAGAAAAAAACACCUCUUCUCUGACUCAAGGCAAAGACAUCUAUAAGCUGGAGGUUUUGCUACGAGUGAAGGAGUCAGAGAUCCAGUACCUCAAACAAGAAAUAAACUCUCUGAAAGACGAGCUGCAGUCGGCACUUCGAGAUAAGAAGUAUGCUUCAGAUAAAUACAAGGACAUUUACACCGAGCUGAGCAUUGUGAAAGCUAAAGCUGACUGUGACAUUAACAAGCUGAGGGAGAAACUUUUGGCUGCUACAGAAGCUCUUGGGGAACUAGACGCUGAGGGAAGUGGUGUUACGGCUGGAUACGACAUUAUGAAGUCGAAGAGUAACCCAGAUUUCCUGAAGAAGGAAAAAUCCAGACAGAUGCGUGGAGUCAGGUCAAAGGCAGACAAUGAAGGGUUAAUCGAGGGUUUCUGAGCGCUGUGGCCCCAUCAGGUGAAGCAGAGUUUAAAGGAAGGCUUGACCGUACAGGAGAGGAUGAAGCUCUUCGAAACGAAAGACUCCAGGAAGAUUUAACAACAGUCCUUCACCGUUUCUUACUGUCGUUUACUCUCUAUUUCCUUCCUCUCUGAUUAUUCUCUUCUUGUUUUGGUAGAUGAUACAGGGUAAAGAACCGUAUCUUUCUGAUUGUCCUUUAAAUAUCAAUGCAACUUAAGGGAAUGUCGUUCCACACCAUGUUUUGCCAACCUUCAGCUCUGGAUAACCUCAUAUUCUGGAUGUUUUCUGCUCUUAACGUGUCCUGAAGCUGUUCCUCUCACAGUAUACACGUGUGUGUGUGUAUAUAUAUAUAUAUAUGAACACACUCAGUAUUGAACUAGUACACCAGAUAAGUGUGUGUGUUUUUCUUCUGAAUGGACAAGCGGCUGCUGUUGUGUCUUCUAGAGGUGCUUUUUGAGAUCAUUCUGAGAUGUUAUUUUGCCAAUGAUAUUGUAAAUACGAGUGGAGUCAUGCGUACGUGGUAACACUUUUCCAGACUUUCUAGUACUGUAAAACCUUGAGAUGAAAUGACGUGGUUUGUAUAAGCUGGUAAACGUGUGUGUGUGUGUUUUUGGGGUGGUUAUAUGCUUCAGUCAUUUACUUGAGGAGAAUCUAAGUGCUGUUUUUAAUUGCUUUAUGGUUUAUGCAGAAUAUAGAGCAUCUGUAAUAUCUGCAUUCGUCCGGCUACUGAUAGUGAGCUUAAUUUUGUCGUCCUGUAAUUAAAUCCGAUCGUGGGACGUUUUCUUAGUAAAUAUUUUGGUUUGUGUUAUUCCAGAUGUUUAAUACACCGGCCUUUGCAUGAAUACGAAGCACUUUUUGAGUCGGAAAACAUGUGAUUCCUUGUUAAUUCUGCUUAACGUAUUGAAGACGCAGCGAUGGGGGGAAAAACUCACUGUAUAAUAAUAAUAAUAUUCAAUAUUUGCUUUGUAAAUAUUCGGUUUUAGAGAAGAUUGGUCUCUCGGUCUGCAUAGAGUUUAAACAAAACUUUAUAUCUGUCCAUACAUGCUAUGUCUACACCUAAUUGCCUGUAUGAAUAUUUUUAUUUGGGUUGAUAUAUGUGAUACUAUAAUGUAAUAAUAAAAAAGCUGUUUUUCUGAAUGGGAA